AUGGGAAGGCUUAUGAAGUGUUUGGGGGGACUGGGGCUAUUGGUGAUGGCCCUGGUCAUGGUCGUGGGGUUGGCCCAAGGGCGUCAGUUAGAGAAAGAUUUCCUUCUUGGUGGUGAGGAUGGACUUGGAGGUGGUGGUGGCUUCGGAGGAGGCGCCGGCGGUGGGGCUGGUCGAGGGCCUCGAGGCCUUGGUCAUGGUGGUGGAGUUGGAGGUGGUGGGGGAUUUGGGGGUGGUAAAGGUGGUGGCGGGGGAUUGGUGGUGGAGCUGGUGGAGGGUUUGGUGGCGGUGGCGGUGCUGGCGGUGGGUUUGGAGGUGGAGGUGGCGGUGGUGCCGGUGCUGGUGGUGGAUUUGGAGGUGGCAAAGGUGGUGGUGGAGGUAUUGGCGGCGGUGCUGGUGGCGGCGGUGGUGCUGGCGGUGGCUUUGGAGGUGGAAAAGGUGGUGGAGCUGGUGGAGGGGCUGGCGGUGGAGCUGGUGGAGGGGCUGGCGGUGGAGCUGGUGCUGGUGGUGGAGCUGGUGGAGGGGCUGGCGGUGGAGGUGGUGCUGGUGGUGGAUUUGGAGGUGGCAAAGGUGGUGGAGCUGGUGGUGGAUCUGGAGGUGGCAAAGGUGGUGGAGCUGGUGGAGGGGCUGGCGGUGGAGGUGGUGCUGGUGGUGGAUUUGGAGGUGGCAAAGGUGGUGGAGCUGGUGGAGGGAUUGGUGUUGGAGGUGGCAAAGGUGGUGGAGCUGGUGGAGGGAUUGGUGGUGGAGCUGGCAGUGGAGGUGGUGCUGGUGGUGGCUUUGGAGGUGGCAAAGGUGGUGGAGCUGGUGGAGGGAUUGGUGUUGGAGGUGGCAAAGGUGGUGGAGCUGGUGGAGGGAUUGGUGGUGGAGCUGGCAGUGGAGGUGGUGCUGGUGGUGGCUUUGGAGGUGGCAAAGGUGGUGGAGCUGGUGGAGGGGCUGGCAGUGGAGGUGGUGCUGGUGGUGGCUUUGGAGGUGGCAAAGGUGGUGGAGCUGGUGGUGGCUUUGGAGGUGGCAAAGGUGGUGGAGCUGGUGGAGGGAUUGGUGGUGGAGCUGGUGGAGGGGCUGGCGGCGGCGGCGGUGCUGGGGGUGGCUUUGGAGGUGGAGCUGGUGGAGGCGCUGGCGGCGGCGGCGGAGCUGGUGGAGGGGUUGGCGGCGGCGGCGGUACUGGUGGUGGCUUUGGAGGAGGCAAGGGUGGUGGGAUUGGUGGCGGAGCUGGCGGAGGGGCUGGUGGUGGGGGUGGAGCCGGUGGAGGACUCGGCGGCGGCGGCGGCGAAGGCGGAGGAGUUGGAGGUGGCUCAGGUGGAGGUUUCGGAGGCGAAAGUGGCGCCGGUGGAGGAUUCGGAGGUGGUGAAGGAGGAGGCGGCGGUUUCGGUGGUGGAGCUGGAGGCGGCGGUGGUGGAGGAUUGGGAGGAGGCGGCGGGGGUGGCUUCUAAGAAUAUUUACUAGCUUCCUCAAAGUAAAGCCUAGAGAGAACCACGUAUGCAUACGUAAUGUACUUAAGCUACGCGGGGGAAUAAAUCUCCUAGCCUAAUAAUUUUAAAUUAACGGAGUGAUUAUUAUAUUUGCACCUUGGUCGA